GUCAUGCCCCUGCUCUCCAGGGCACUCCACCGCAUCCGCUCUACUCCCCCGCGGAUUAUCGCCUCCCCCGCUACCCAGCCCCGACGUGCUGCUGUAGCAAUUAUCAUCCGCGUGACACCCCCGCCCUCCUACAUAUUCCCCACACAACCCUCCACGGAGGGUGGUACACCCGCCAACGUCCCCGCACCAUCUCUCACAGAAUUCUUCCAGCUUGACUGGGUCAAUGCUCCUGGUGCGCGGCCUGAGAUACUCUUUCUCCGCCGGGACAAGCCCGACCCCACCGCCGACAGCGGUCGCAUGAGUGGCAGCGGACCAAAUACGCGCGAGGCGCACGUCGCGUUCCCGGGUGGCAAGACUGAUGAGGGCGACGAGGGCGGUCUCUACACUGCUAUGCGGCAGACAUGGGAAGAAAUCGGCCUUGACCUUGCAGAAUCGUUCUAUACGCCUAUUGGCCAGCUCGACGACCGCGAGAUCACGACUUCCCUGGGGAAGCGUCUCCUGAUGAUUCUUUCGCCCUUCGUAUUCCUCCAAUUGUCCCCACAGACAACACCAGUGGACCCGUCACCCGGCACCACCCUUCAUUGGGUGCCGCUGGGCGCUCUAUUGCCUCGUCCGGUCGGUGAUGGUCCGCGCUGGUCCACUGUCUCCGUAGACGCGUCUUCGCGGUUGGCACCGCGGCACUCGCCCAUCCUCCGGUUACUGGUUCGCCUUCUCGUUGGCAGCAUGAAAUUCCCCGCUAUUCUCAUCCCUACAAGCACGACGACUUCUUCCUAUGCCGAUGUGGCUGACGAGAAGGCCAUUGACGCGAAGCGGGCGCAACUGGAAGGGAACGGACCGGCGCCGAUGAAACGGCAACACUCCUUCCGUUCUCGGCAUGGACAUGAGAACGAGACUCUGAAGCUCUGGGGUCUAUCUCUGGGCAUGACGCUCGAUUUGCUCGCACACAUGGCUCCCCCUGGAACGCGUCGUGGGGGCGCUGGUUCGCUACUCUUGCCACCGGACGCCGAUGCCGAGCUAUUGAGGGUACCGGUGAUGGCCCCGAGCUUGGCGAGCGUUUUCCCUCGCUUUGGGUAUCCCGACGUAAACUUUUGGAUCUGGGUAUUUGGCAAGAGAUACCGGGCUGUGAUCAGAGGGUGGGAAGCGAGCGUACUUUCGGGUGGAACGAAUGACCGGAGAAUUAACUGGACUGGUUCCGCUCUUACCACAUUCUACGCCGCGGUGCGCAAAGCCCUCGUGGUCGUCAUUAUUGUGCGUGCCAUCUGGGUGCUUUUGGGUCUAUUUUUGGGUGGCUGGCUGCUGUUCAUGCGGUAGUCACCCCUUCCUUCGGGAGCCUAUCCUUGUCAUCUAUCUGCCUCACCGCUCCUUCUCAGGGCAUCGUCUUUCGAGCCCUCCUACAUAUACGCCUCAUGGAUGUAGAUAUUGUACGAUGGUUCCCCCUCGUGUUGUUUCAUCCCCACUAUCAACAGUGGAGCACUGUCUCCUAUGUCUUUCACACGUCUCUUCUACCUAUCAUUAUACUGGGAACUCUGCAUACACGCUCUUCUGAUCUCGCUGCAAUAUGGGCUGUGGAUUGUUGGACUGGACUGUUCUUUGACACAGACACGUCUAGUACCUGUACGCAUAGAAGAAAAUUCGGAGUUACUUACUCUCUGUUUUGAAUGACACGACCUUUC